AAAACACAGCUUGGUGUACACGUUGCUAUAGCAGCUGAACACGGUUUGUGACUGCCCUUGGUUGUUUGGAAAAGUGUAAUAGAGUAACUGGAUUUAUGAAGCUGAAGUUCUCACUUUGUACUCCCUCGGGCUAUUAAAACAUGAAUUGCAAAGAACCACUAGCAAAGAAAACAGAUCGUGAUCCUAGAUACGAACUGCAUAUUGAAAGUCGAAGGAAAAAUGUGUUUGUAACACAACUGGGAGAACGAAGAGAUGAAGAAGAAGAAAACAUCAAUCAUAUUCCAGUUAUUAGAGAGGCUGCCAGCAAGAUUCUAGAAGGAAGCAAAAGUACUCAGCAGACGACACUGGUUCUGAAGAAAGAAGUAGAAGCUGACAGUGUCAACGAGCAACUGUCUGCCAAAAGACGGGAAUUUCAACACAGGAUGGAAGCUGUAACCAGGCGAAGGGAAGAACUUGAUAUGAAGCAACAGCUUAACAAAGAAAGUGCUCUUAAGUUUGAAAAGUUUCUAAAAGACACAGAUGCUAAAAAACAACGAGCCAUUCAUAAAUACCAAGUGGAAGUUAAGCAAAACGAUCUUAAACAAAGAGAGUUACUUGAACUCUUGCAACAAUCUGAAGAUUUAAAGGCUAGGCAACAAAAGCUGUAUAACAAGCUUGCAAAGAACAAAAUCUUUGAACAUUUCCUUCAAAAAACAGUUGACAUUCUGCCUGAAAACUAUAUUGAAUAUGGUGCAGACUCCUCAGUGAUAGCCCUCAUUAGGAGAUAUGAGACUCUCUCAGCUACCAAUGAAGCUCUGGUAAACAGUCAGGUCACACUCGCCAGUGAACUUGAAAUGGCACAACGACAGCUGGAGGCACUACAGCGGGAACAUGAAACAAUUAAACUUAUGACAAACAGUGAACUGUCUCAGCUUCAGAUGGAACACGAUAAGAUUCUAGAGAAGAACAAAGAGCUGGACCUAAAAAUCAACUUGCAUAGAGGCUACUUCAGGCAUCAGAGUGAAGAAUUAGGCAGUUUGAUUAUGGCUGUGACUAAUCUUGCUGAUGACUGCUAUAUGCGACAUUAUGGUCAGCUGCAGGAUAUGGAUAUACUAACAAAACUAGAUAUGAUUAAGGAAUUCAUCAUUGAGAAGAAAAAUAUUGAACAAAUGGCUGCUUUGUCUGAAGACUGUAGAUCUCCACUGUCAAGUGCUAUAGAAUUAACAACAAACAAAGAAAUCGGAACGACUCAACUAAAGUCAAAAAGCAGGAGUUCGUUAGGAAGCACUGGCAAGACACAAACUCUUCAGAACAUCAGGUCGAAAUCAGCAAGUCUGAAAGCUUAGCUCCAUUCAGUUCACAGCUAAUCAAGGUUGCUCUGCCUUAUUCUUCUGAAGGGAAUGGAUCAUGUUGACCAAAGCCCCUAGAUGUUUCCCUUUCAAAUGCUUGUAACAGAGCUGGAUGUAUGUAUUUUAAUUGUAAUAAGUCAGCAUUUUCAUACUUAAUAAACUUUUCAUUCUAAAUCAUUAUUAGACACUCUACCAGUUAAAUAUGAUACAUGUAUGUCUUAAAUGAAAUCUGAUCAUUUGUACUAUGCUGUUGUGGGUGAUUCAUGUAAAUAAAGUAAUGCGUAAUUCCAAUGUCCUUUAAAACAAACUUUUUGAACAAGAAUGUGAACACUAAUUCAAAAUGUUUUAAAAAUGUUUUGCUGGGGGUGGUUUUCUCUCUAUACCCCCAAACAGUGGCGUAAUUCCAAUGUCCUUUAAAACUAACUUUAUAAGCAAGAAUGUGAACACUCAUUUAAAAAUGUUUUUAAAAUGUUUUGUUGGGGGUGGUAUUUUCUCCACACCCCCAAACAGUGGCAUUCACCUCCUUUACUCCUUAUGUAUUAUUUCAACUCUGAGAACACUGCAUCUCUGAAUAAGGGAAUUCCCUCCUCCCACAGUGACCUCUUAGUGCAGCAGUCAGUUCCACAUUGUCACAGUGAUGUUUACCAUAAAGUGCAAACCCUGAAGCAGAUUGUCUGUAUUACCUCCUGCUAGGAGUAUGAGCUUUACAGUUAUGACACAGCAUUUACAUUUACAUUAUACUUGUACCACGUAGCUUAAAUAUCUAGCCUUCAGCAUUGCCAUUCAUUAAAUAAAUCAUAUAAGUGGUACUGUGGUAAUUAUUUUCCGAGAGGGUCAAUAUAACAGUAAGUCAUACCAUUUGGGAUUACCCACCUCUGUUUCUCAAGAUCCAAUCAGGUUUUUUAUAGCAGUGGCUACUGUACAAUCCUACUGCUGAAGAAGUCACAAUGGCAAACAGAUGAAGUAUGAGACAAAUGGAAUAUUAACAUUUUGAUAUCUUUACAGCAGAUGCUGCAGGAGAACAGACACUCAUGUCCUAAAGUUAUGUUCUACAUGCAUGUUUAGUCAGAAAAGCUAUAAACUAUAUUCUUAAUUAAUAACUUCUGUAGUAGCUUUACCCAGAACCUUAGAAAUGCAUCUGUUUUCUCUAGUAUGUCAUGUAAUUACUCACAGUUCAGUCAUAUACAGGGGCUUUUUGCAUAUCAUCAAAACACUAUUUACUGCUUUUUGCUUUCUUGAAUGAUCCUCAGUUUUAUAUACAUAUAUACAUCACUUUAUCUUCUUGCUUCCAUAAUUGGUUUUGUAAAUCUAGAAAUUUGUACAAAUUCUUGUUGUGGUUCAACUCUAAUGCUAUAUAAUUUCAUUACAAAUAAAUUGGUGUCUCUAUUACAGAGCUGGAUCAUGUUUUUA